AUAAUUUCCGUCAUGACGCAUGCGUAUUUAGAAGAAGGCUAAAAAUCAGAAUUAGUUUAACGGAAUCCUAGAAAGUGGAAUUGUGAAGAAUACACGCUCUAAUACGUGAUCUAAUACGUGAUUUCUAAAAUUUUCAGAGUGUUAUAAUAAAUAAUCAAAGUUAAUAUAGGAAAAUUUCCAAUCUCUUUAUUUGUGAUAACCAAAGAUCUCGUAUUUCUUGAGACAGCCCACGUAAAGACGAGAUGACGAAGCCGGAGCAGGUUUUAAUUAUCGAGCCGCAGGGUGAACUCCGAUUCAGGGGUCCCUUUACUGGUACACACGUUACGUCGUAUAUAAAACUUACCAAUCCUACAAAUCAUAAAGUAUAUUUUAAAAUAAAAACUACUGCUCCAAAAAGAUACUGCGUCAGACCAAAUAGUGGAGUGCUAAAAGGCAAAGAAGUCACUGCAAUUGCAGUGUGCUUGCAGCCAUAUGACUUUGAUCCAAAUGAAAAAAAUAAACACAAGUUUAUGGUUCAGACGAUUUUAGCGUCUGAAGUAGAUCCUGAUGACUUUCCUAAUGAAGUGUGGAAAGAUGUUUCUGAGGAUUUGAUAAUGGAGUAUAAAUUGAAAUGUGUAUUUGAGAAUCCAGUUAGCAGCACUGCAUCGGGAAAGGAUUCUGUUCCUAACGCUCCUAAAUCUGAUUCUAGUACGACUAAUGGCAAAAAUAAAGCCAUAGAAGAUGCAUCAAAGACCUCAUCUAAAUUAUCUGAAUCAGAAGAAAAGCUAAUGAAAGCAGCUGCAGAAGUCAAUCAAUUGAGGGCAGAAGAGAGUAAUUUAAGGCAGGAAUGUCUCCAACUGAAGGAAGAAAUAUUGAAAUAUCAAAACGCUAUGGACAAGGGCAUGACGACAGGACGAUUGACGUCAGGUCCAGUGGAACGCAGCAGUCCACCUAUGAGUUUGACACCUACAACUAUGAUCGCGGCUGUUGUUAUGGUGAUAAUCGGUUAUUUUCUGGGGAAAUUGAUCUGAGCAGUUCUUGUCCAUCUGUACACUCUCAGCACAGCCCUUAAUCCUAUUUUAAUUAGCCUUCUCUCUCCUGUCACUCGAUGCCAUCACUAUAAAUCGCAAUAACUUGAGUUGUCCUUUAAUUGUGCAUAAUAAAAUAACGAUUAUCAAUGUUUCUAGUAAUGGUCUUCGUUAAUAGUAUCGAUUGAUCGUCAAACUUUAUAUUUUUAAAUUUAAAUCGUUGAUCGAAAAUUAUAAACAACUUUUUUUUUAAUUUACAAUCGACUUAUAGUUUUCUUUUCUCAUUUAUAUACAUUUAAUUAUAAAAACAUUGUUUUUUAAGGAAGAGAAGGUAAUAACUACAUUCAUUCGUUGGGUGAUUUUUCAUUCGUUCUAGAGAUAAAAUCGCUUAGAAGUGAAAGAGAAUUCAUUUAAGAAUCUCGUGCUUUAUAAAAGAAAUCGCCUAUAUACUA